GCAGACUCGAAAGCUAUCCCGCAGCUCACAGAUGUCUCCGUCGACCAGUGUCACAGCAUUUCGCGAAGCUUUGAAACAAAGCAAGAAUAUCAUUGCUGUUGCAGGAGCCGGGCUUUCUGCUGCCUCUGGUAUACCGACCUUUAGAGGAGCCGGGGGGUACUGGAAGAAAUAUAAUGCAAUGUCCCUUGCCACUCCGGAGGCCUUUGAAGAGAAUCCGAGUUUAGUGUGGCAGUUCUACCAUUAUAGACGUAUGAAAGCUCUCUCUUCCCGGCCUAAUGCUGCGCAUGUGGCCAUAUCCAUGAUCAGCUUUCCUGACUUUCUUAGGGAGAUCGCCCCCGAGGCCAAGUUUACAUUCAUCACUCAAAACGUCGAUGGGCUGAGCGCAAGAGCUCUCAAAGAAGUAGCAGCAAAAGCCGGCAAAGAACCUUCACAAGCUGUGCCAUUCUACGAGAUGCACGGUCGCAUUCUUGAUUUGAUCUGCACCUCAUGCGGACGCCGCUCUACCAACCAGGACGAGGCACCCCUCUGCCCUGCGCUCGCUGCAACAGGUGCACUGCCAACAGACCCGAACACGCUGAGUGGCGUCGACACAGAAGAGGUUGCCGACAUACCACUUGAGGAACUCCCGCGUUGCGAGGACUGUGGUGGGCUCCUCCGCCCAGGUGUCGUCUGGUUCGGAGAGACACCUCUGCACAUGGAGCAAAUCGACGGUGUCGUGGCGCAAGCUGACAUGUGCCUCGUCGUUGGCACGUCCUCUACAGUGUAUCCAGCUGCGAGCUACGCCAGUGAGGUCGCCGAGAAUGGUGGCAAAGUCGCCGUGUUCAAUCUUGAGCGCACAGAGGGGGAUAGUGAUGCAGAUUUUCUCUUCCUCGGGCCCUGCGAACAAACGUUGCCCGAGGCACUGUUUGGGUUGUCUGAAGCGAAGCAGGAGGCGCAAUGAUUGUAAACGACUAUAUUGAUCGUUACACCAUGGGACACUGGAUUUGUCCCGGACACCUGACUUGCUGAUGGUGGUCAGAUGGAGGGGUAAAUGUGCACUGGCGAAGAACUCAGCGUACUGUCUAGCAUCCACUUUGGCCGAAUGUCAAUAUGAUUAGUCUCAAGUCCAUACAACUACAGUAGAUGUAUCGUAUCUUAACAACAUGGAUAGCAUAUGCUGCGAUACAUCUAUGGUUAACCUAUUGAGCACAAAAUUCCAGCCUCAGGAGAAAAAAGCGAAAUGUUACAAAUUUACUCAGCUAGCCCCAGAUAUCCUCGUCUCCAUCUACAAACAUAAGUAUGCCCUUCAUACACAACUCCAAGAGCCCUUUCCACACAAGCUUCGACAAGCUUGACCUGAGCUUGGGGCUGACCGGCCAUGCUUUCGGGUUCCCGACCUUUCGUGCAUAGCACCACAACCAGCGGAGCUCACACAGGUUCGGCCGGGCAUCAUGCAGCCCUUGCAGCCACGCGAGCCUCGUAUCGAAGCAAGCCGCCAUUGGACGCAGGAAUGCGUUCACAUCGGCCGUGUCGCCGUCGAGCGCGAGCGCGAGCGUAAGCACGCGGAGGCCAGGCGGCGCAGUCGCGAGGACCUGCGCGGCGGCGUCCAGGCCUAUGCCGUUGAAGGGGAGAUUUGACCACGGCUCGGCGAGGAAUGUUAUGCGAAGAGUUAGCGCGGUCAGCGCGCGACAGCCGCCAAGCGAGAUGCGCCGGAGGUCAUCUUCGAAUGUGGCAGGGACUCUCUUCGCGAGGAACCUGGAGAGGUCCAGGGAGAAGUGCUCGAGCCGACCGCCGGCGGUUCUGAGGAAGGCGGCCAGCGCAUGGACGCUAUCUGGCGAGGAACACGCAACGUCGAGGUUCCUAAGAGCGCCGCGCGAGAACAUGGGUAGGAGAGAUAGAGGCAUAUAGCGCGUCGUGCGCAGCGUAAGCGUCUCGAUGUCCUUCAGGUCCACGGCAGAGUGGACCCCGGGCUCGUCGCGGUCCCCGAAGGACACAUUCGAGAGGUGUAGGGCUCGCAGCUUGCAGAGCGUCGACAAGGUGGCUACUAGCUGUUUGCCAGCCCCGCAUUCCACAGUGACGUCCUUGAGAGACACCCGCUCAAGCCGUUGGCUGCUGCACGGGAGCUGGCCAAGGUCGAGCCGGACGCGGAGUGCUUCUAGGGUCAGUGCCUUGAGAUGCGGCAAAGAGCCUAUAAUUCGAGACAAGUGCUCUGUGGUAAUUUUACGAAGCUCAUCGUGUUUCCCUGCAGACCGUAUGUCCAAGUAAUGGACAUAGCGUGUGAUAGGGGCCCGGUGCCCUCCCUGGGACUCUGCGUUCAAGGAAGAAGAAAAGAACACGAUCGUGUCAGCAAUGGGCCGCUGGGACAGGUCGAUUUUUAAGCUGUAAAAUAGCCGGCGUUGCGACGUCGGCCUCCAUGCGCUGCACACGAGUGAACAGCGUGCCAGCACAGAGGUGUCAUCAUGCGCCUGUUCGAUGAUGCAGUCGACAAGUUCUUGCGGGACGAACGGAAGAGCCAUAUCGUC